GAAUGCAUUCAGAAAACGCUAAUCAUGAGUUUCGAAAGAAUGAAAGAAGUUAUCGAAAAGUUUGAAGGUAAUUUUCCCAAAGUGUAUGAAGACACAAGAGGAAUCAAGACUAUUGGAGUUGGUUUUAAUCUUGAGCAAAGUGAUGCAAGAGAAUUGUUUCAAAAUGCUCUACCUAUGGUUGAUUUUGAUGAUGUUGUUAGUGGUAGGACAAGUCUGACCAAUGAUCAAGUAUCGAAACUUUUUGAGGCACAAUUGAAAAUUAAAAUCCAAGUAGCCGUUAAACUUUUUCCAAAGUAUUACGACUAUCCAAGUUAUGUGCAAAUAGCUCUUGUCAACGGAGUAUUUCGUGGAGAAUUCAAGGCCUCUCACAAGACAGUCAAGUUAAUCAACAAAGAAGAGUGGAGUAAAGUUGCUGAUGAAUAUCUAGAUCGUGACGAUUAUCGUGGGUCCAUACCAGGCAAAAAUGGUGGCAUCAAAAAACGCAUGGAUUACAACGCAAGCCAAUUUCGUAAAUAUGCAGCUAGUUUAAAGUAACUGUAAGAAGAGCACUUGACGAUGACCUUGAUUUAUACAUAAAUAUGUAACGUGUGCUAGAAAAGUGCGUAUUGACAAAAGCACUUAAUGAUGACAUCAAUCUUUAGCUGUAGAACUUUGUAUUGUGAAUGUAUUAUGUACUACUAAAUAAUAAUAAAUCUUUAAUAUAAAUAUUUGAUUUUUAUACAACAUAUUUUACACAGUUCAAACAAA